GGACGUGCCCAGCUGCGGAGGAUGCGCCCUCCUCCCCGCCCUUCAUCUGCCCGGGCUCCGGCGUCUCUGAGGGAGCCGCGGAUACAGCCUGUGAGGAGGAUGAAACCUUCUGCAAUGAGCAAGCGAAAGUUGAGGGAGAGCAGUGGAGAAAGUGCUGAGUGCAUUUCCCAGGUGCAGAAAAUCCUUCGGGAAAGGUUCUGUCGCCACUGUGCUGCUGGGAGGCUCUUUGGGAUGGAGCAGCAGCACAGACAUUUGCUGGAGCUGCUGAGGAGAACCACGGUGCACGGGGAGAGCAAUUCCGCCUUGCUCAUCGGCCCCCGCGGCUCCGGCAAAUCCGCGUUAUUAAAUCAUGUCUUAAAAGACCUCAGGGAAAUGGAACAAGUGAGAGAGAACCUCUUGGAAGUCCACCUGAAUGGGCUUCUGCAGACAAAUGACAGCGUGGCCCUGAAGGAGAUCACCAGGCAGCUGCAGCUGGAAAAUGUGGUUGGGGACAAAGUUUUUGAUAUCCUGGAGCUCUUGGAGAAGAGAGUGAAGUCAAGGUUCUCCCACAGACAGAUAUAUUUGCUGAAUUCCUUUGAUUUUAAACAAUACAUGAAGAUAUUUAAGAAACAGCUUUCUCUUCCUGCUGAAUUUCCUGAUGAAUCUUUUGCACAAAAAUGGAACAAUAAUGUUCAGCUCCUCUCCGAGGACAGGGCCGUGCAGGGGGUGCUGCAGAGCCUCUUCCAGCACAGCAAGGACCUGCGCUCGCUGCACUCGCUGCUGAUGCUGGCCUGCAGCGCCGUGUCCGUGCACCACCCGCUGCCGACGGCCGCAGACCUGCAGGAGGCCGGCAGGCAGCACAGCACCGACUCCAAGGCCAACAUUGUCCAUGGUCUGUCUGUGCUGGAAAUCUGCCUCAUCAUAGCCAUGAAACACCUGAAUGAGGUCUAUGAUGGAGAACCCUUCAACUUCCAGAUGGUUUACAAUGAAUUCCAGAAGUUCAUCCAGAGGAAGGCACACUCUAUGUACAACUUUGAGAAGCCAGUUGUCAUGAAGCCCUGCUCUCACACUCGGUUCCCACCUGGAGCCAUCCCAGCUCUGGGCUUUCUCCCUGUGCCUGAGGGCUCCGCUCCUGGCUCAGGCCGUGCCGCCCUCCUGGCUCCCUUCUACAGCCCCAUCAGCUCACACUGCACUUUUCCGUCUCAAAUCUGACUUGACAUGGAAAAUUUAUCCAAUUAAAUCUUUAAUCACAACCGAAUUUACUUCAUUAAAUGUCUAAUCCAACAGGCUUCGGCCGCAAGGGCUGUUGUGUGCCAAGUACAAGGUAACAUCUUUCCAUACCAAAUUUUUUGGAGCAAAACUCAAAAAGUUUGGCUCAAGAGCUGCUGUAGGACCAGCCCCAUGUGUUUAUUUUAAAAUAAAGUUUUUGAAGAAGCAUUUGCAAGUCAGAGUAGUCACAUUUUUUAUUUUCCCACUGGGGAAGAGGGCAGAGUAUACAUUUGUAUUUGUACAAUAUUUAACAAUCACUUUAUUGAGGGCGAGGGGGGGUUGGUUGGUUUUGUGGCACUCGCAGAAAAGCAGCAAGUGCCUUUUAACAGUAGUACAACAACCUGUGCCCAAAACACUGACAAAUACAAAGAGGAAAGUUAAAGUAAUCGCUCACCAAACUCGAGAGGUAACGAAGAGGAGAUGGACUGAAAAAAACAAACUGGAGGGAGAAAGCAAAGCAGUCCUGCUGGUUGAGUAUCUGAGGUAACAGAUGUUCCAUCAAGGAUGCUACUGGAGUCCUUUUGCCCAGGGAUGUGUAUUGCAGCUUCCUGUGUUUUGUACCGAGUGUUCCUGAUCAACAGAAAUGUCUUUAAAAGGUUACAAAAGCUGGAAAAGAGGAGAGGGGUGAUGAUUGUGGAUGCUGAUGGAGCAGGACAAGUCUCAGCACUGGGUACCGGUGAGGUUUGAGAGCUGCACUGCUGCAGCUCCUGGGUCAUUCCAUGCCCAUGGAGGAGUUUGGGAAUGCCCCAGGACGGGCAGCUCUGGGACAGGGGACAGGAAGGUGUCACCCUCAGCAGUCCCAGCUGGGCAGGCCAGGCAGGAAGGGCCCAAGGGCACUGCCCAGACAAUGCCAGAGCCCUGCCCUGCUGCUCCCAGCUCUCACUGAAUGCCCUCAAACAGGAAUUCAUUGCCCAGCCCUGGGCAGCUCGGGGAGGUCACUGAGAGCCAUGGAAGCUGUGGGGAGGAGCAGCCUUUCCUCAGGGAGCCACAGGGUGCUGGCAAUGCCAGGAGGCUGGGACUGGAACAGAGCAGGGAUCUCCCAGAGCCAGCAGCUCCCUGGGAGCGUCACACACAGGGAGGGACCUGGACUCAGCUUCAGUUCCUCCAGGAGACCAGAAUGAAACCAGCCCGUGGCAAAAGCCCCAAAGAGUCCAUGGUUGGGAUUUGUUCAGAACUCCAGUCCUGUGUGAAGUUUAACUAAAAGUGGAGCAGAAAUGGAAGCCAAAGGGAAGUGUCCAGCCCAGAGGAGCCCACAAACUGGAUUUCCUUCCCUUUCCCACGGGCCCUUGGAGCAGGAUCCUCGGGCACAGCGGUGAGCAGCAGUGCCACAGCUGCAACAUCAGCCCUUCCUUCUCCCUGCCUGCCCAGAGCUGCCUCUGCUUCACCAUCACCCCCACUGCUCCCAGGGCUGCAGGUCCCAGCUCCAGGAGCUGCCACCUCUGCUUUCCAGAGACGCUGGGGGACACACGGACACAAGGACACACAGCACACGCCGGCCGCUGCCACCUCUGCUCCCUUGGCCUCGGAAUCUGGUGGGAAGGAUCCAAUCAAUGCAGUGGGACAGCAUUUGGGAGAAGCACUUUGGCACCCAGCCACCAGUCACUGUAAUCCCAGCACAAGGCUGACAUCCUGAACUGCAGUGCUGGAGCUGUGAAUUUCCUCGGUUUUCCUCAUUUUCUGUGAGUCUGCGCUCUGGCCAUCGAAAUUCCUUUCGUUACCUCGGAAUGGUCAUUGCAUAUUGUGAGCAGAACUAGGUUAUCCCUGAAAUUUGCAAUGUUUAGGAUCUGCAAUCUGUGGCUGGAACUUUGUGAGUGACUCCAGGCUCAAGCUGUGGGAGCUGCACUCCCCUCCCGUGGAGCUCUGAGUGCAGGGAAGCUGCAAAGCUCCAGGCAGAGGGAGGGGAAGGGGGAACGGAGCUUCCUGAGGUGAUCCUGAAACAGCGGCACAGCCCCCGCUGCCUGCGGGCCAGGCACGCGCCGCGACCUCGGCACAAACAUAAAUAGGAAAAAGACUCUUUUUCAAAAAAAAAAA